CCCGGGCCGGGGUGCGGCCGCCGCCUGCCGGGCCUCCCCUCCCCUCGCCGCGGCCGGCCGCCGCGCUCCCGCCCGGGCGCCCAGCUAUGUACUCCCCGUACUGCCUCACCCAGGAUGAGUUCCACCCGUUCAUCGAGGCACUGCUGCCUCACGUCCGCGCUUUCUCCUACACCUGGUUCAACCUGCAGGCGCGGAAGCGCAAGUACUUCAAGAAGCAUGAAAAGCGGAUGUCGAAGGACGAGGAGCGGGCGGUGAAGGACGAGCUGCUGGGCGAGAAGCCCGAGAUCAAGCAGAAGUGGGCAUCCCGGCUGCUGGCCAAGCUGCGCAAGGACAUCCGGCCCGAGUUCCGCGAGGACUUCGUGCUGACCAUCACGGGCAAGAAGCCCCCCUGCUGCGUGCUCUCCAACCCCGACCAGAAGGGCAAGAUCCGGCGGAUUGACUGCCUGCGCCAGGCUGACAAGGUGUGGCGGCUGGACCUGGUCAUGGUGAUUUUGUUUAAGGGGAUCCCCCUGGAAAGUACUGAUGGGGAGCGGCUCUACAAGUCGCCUCAGUGCUCGAACCCCGGCCUGUGCGUCCAGCCACAUCACAUUGGAGUCACAAUCAAAGAACUGGAUCUUUAUCUGGCUUACUUUGUCCACACUCCGGCUAAAGUGGCAAGGCCUCAGGAUGGAUGCCCACAGCCCUGGCACUCUGCUGGGGAGCAGAGAGGCUUUCUCGGGGCACAAGCAUGGCAGGGAGCAGCGCUGCUGUGGAAGAGGUCUUAA